AGCACAUGGGAGACCAUCUGAUGAACGACUGAGAAUCAAGAAAGAUCCUAUGUGAUGUGAUCUUGACGCUCGGUCAACUGCGGCAGCAGCAGGAGGCCGUGCCCAUGAGCCGCUGUUUCCCCUUCACCUCCUUGAUAGUGACCGCCGCUAAUGACGCGCAAGCAUCGGCCUUCGAGCGAGAGGUGGCCUUCAGACGGGCCACCGGCAGCAUCCCGCCGUCCUGCAAGACGCAUGUCAUCUCAGAUCCCAAGGGCGCACGAAUCGGUACGUAGGCGGAUCAGCACAUCAAGCACAAAAAGGCCGCAUCAACGAUGACGUUUUCUGCUCUCAUUGCAGGGUCCGGCGGUGCGACUCUGAACGCGUUAGUGCGAUGUGCGCCCGGCGGUCCUCCUGCCGACGAGCUGCUGCUCAUCAUCCACUCAGGCGGCGACAGCCAGCGAUCGCCCGUCCAGUCGGUCUGCGGCAAGGCGUUCGCCACACUCAAUUGCCAGCAGCAAGGAGGGACCGGGCCGUUCCUCAGCGCGCCCUUCGACCUGCUGCUAGAGUCCCUCUGUCGCCUAUUUGCCGGCGUGAAGAAGGGCGGGCUGGUGGUGUCGUGCUCGGACGUGGUCCUGGCUGUCCCACAUGCGGAUGAGGGCAUGUGGGGCGGCAGUGGGGUGGUCGGUGUGGCAGCGGAGGUCGACGCGAGAUAUGGCCCGAGGCACGGCGUGUAUGUGCCGACGACCGAGGGGCGCGUGGCGCAAUUCCUGCAGAAGCCGACGGAGGCCGUUAUGACGAGUGAGGGCGCCUCCCUCCCUCCAGGCAAGAUCGCCGUCGACACGGGGGUGGUCUACUUCGACACGACCACCACACAGAGGCUCGUCGAGAUGGCCCAGUCGCCCGUGCUGGCCGGCUGCACCGAAGCGGGUCUGAAGGAGGGGCAGCCGCCCCUGAGGACAGAGCUGUAUAGCGACAUCAUGCUGGCCCUCAGUGGCGCCUCGACCGACCAGGAGGGCUAUCUGCGGCAUGACGGGGGCUCCCCGCCGGAGGCGCUGGUGCGUGCGCGAGAGAUGCUGUGGAAGGAGCUGCAGACGGUGGGGUUCUCUGUGGCAAUGCCUUCAGAGAUGGACUUCCUGCACCUGGGAACAACGAAAGAGGUAAGUAGGAGAAAGGCUGACCCAUGCACGCGCGAUGCGUUUCCCCGUCCAUCAUCUGUCCUUCCCCAUGUGUGUGUGGGUCAGCUGAUGGACUUCAUGUGUGGGGCCAAGGCGUCCUUCACGGCAGCCCACUCCCUCAGGCCAGUCGUGGCCUCGUACCUGCCGCCGUUCCACCCCCUCACCCGCCCCCCUCCCCUCCCCACACAGACACACCCAUGGACCGUCGUCUCGAACAGCAUCCUCCUCCCGGUAGACAGCAGCGGCGCAUCAGAUGUAGCGGGAUGUCUUAGCGGUGCCGUCAUCGAGCACUCGGUGCUCGAGGGCCGCUAUCAUGUCGGGCAUCGGGCGUUUGUGAGCGGCGUGCGGUCGGGGUAUCGGGACGGCCUGUGUGUGGGUGACGAGAUGGUGGUGCAGGAGACGGCUGUGGGUGGGGGCAUGCACGUGGUGGCCGUGUACUGCCUGGGGGAUGACAUCAAGAGGCCGGCUGCUGACCAGCAGGCCACUGUGUGUGGCGUGCCCUGGGAGACACUGUAUGACGCUGCCCAGGUGAGUGGUCUGGAGAGGGUGAGGCUUUGUAUGGCUGUCUUUGAUUUCUUCUUGCGUCUGUUGCCAUGUGUGUGGUCAGGUGACUGCCGAUGACAUCUGGCCAUCGGAUGUGGCCGCGUCGAAGCGAACCCUCUGGACAGCGCGGCUCUUCCCACCUUUCCCUGCCGCAUCGCCUCAGGCAAGAAGGCCCCUCUCCCUCUGGCUGAUGCAGCUGCGCGACAAGAGGGCAACUAUCACCAGCGAUGACAGGUGAGACAACUGACCUGUGUGGGUGCCUGCUUCUAUCUGCUUCUGCAUGUGUGUUGAUCGUGUGUGCACCGUGUAGGCUGGCGGGUGUGAUCCAGGAGUGGCGACGCGCGCACCGUCUGUCGCUCAAGGACAUCCUGCGACAGGCCGACGCCUCACAGGAGUUCCACUGGCGCAAAAACGAGCUGCCAAGACUCAUCACCGAAGCCCACAAGGUGACGUCAAACACACACAGCCACAUUCUCGCGUGGCACCCGGUCACACAUCACAAAUCUGUCCCGCCUCCCCCCCUCCCCCCCCUCAGGCCACAUCCAUAUCGCUUCCAGCCAUCCAGACCGACCCAGCAACAGCCGCCCUGUCCAUCGCCGCUGGCCCCUCUCCCCAGCUCGACAUCGUCUGCCUCGUCGCGUCCACCGAUGACAAGGCCAAGGCACUCGAGGGCACUCUGCACAAGGCACAGCAGAGAGGGCGGCUUCCGGCAGGGGCGGAGAUCAUGACGGUGGUCGACCCGUGUGGCGGCGGCCAGUGCGGGUCGGACCGGUCGGGGAGCAUUGUGCUCAACGCGCUGCUUGUCAUCGCCGAAAAACUGAGCGGACGAAACGUGAGAAUCCCGCGGAAAGGCAGAGGGGGAGAGAGGGAGAGAGAGAGUGGAUGAUGGUCUCUCUCUCUCUCUCUGCGUGUGCUGUGGUGUGGUGUCAGAGUGCGACGUAUUUGGAUUUGGAUGUGCUGUGUGGGCUGCGGAUAGUGGUCAUCUACGUAGAGGACGGCAGCCCACUGCCCCCAUUCACCACCCUACUCCCACUGGUAAGGGCCCCCGCCCACCACACACCACAGGCAUUUUAAAAUGACACCCGUAUACCCGCCCUGCGCAGGUGUCUGGUGACCUUCAGAAGUGGCCCCUGAGCAGUCUCGAUGUCACGUUGGGCUCCCUCGUCCCACUUGCUGCAUCGAUGAGGCCUGGUGUGUUGGCGUGUUCGGCACAUACCAUCGUGCAGGGCAGCAUUGCGCAGCUCCACACGGCCAGCGAUAGCGACGGGGAGAUCGUUGUAUUUGCCUCACGAAGCCGAGACGAAGAGCGGUCCGAUACAGGUCAGCAGGAAGCCGAGGAAAACUUGGUCACUUAUCGGCCGACCCUCUUUCUGUGCUUGCAGGCCUCUUGCACGUGGAUGUGGCUACUCGAGACGUGGUGGGGAUGGGUGGUGGUGGUGAUGGUGGCGAGUCGACGAGCAGCAGCGGCAGCACCGUUGUGUUGCCCAUUGGGCUAAUUGAUUUCGACACCAGGGCCGCACAGAUGUUCCUGGCCCUCCACACCACAAGCCCGCUCGACAGAUGCACAUACCUGGGUGAGAAGUACCAAGGACUCAACACACAUCCACACACACACACACACACACGUGUGGGCUUCCCAAUAUAUCUGUGUGCAGGUGUCGACACCGGCAGCACCAGCCCCCUCCCCUUGUCGCUCACCACCCACCUGCUGCCAUCCCUCAUCCAGCCCCCCCUCCACAAGCAGGAGGGGCCCUCUCUGCCCCUCCCUCUCCCGAGCUCCUCUCCACCCCAUUCGUCCACCGAGUCGUCGCCCCACCUGCGGGCAGCCACGGGAGGCGGCACAUCUUUCACUGGUCAGGGCAGCGGCAGCGACGUCGAGCUGGAGGGCGACAUGGGACAGAUGAAACCACCUUGUAGACGCACACCACAGCCCCAACAGCUGCAUAUGGGCACUGGUGGCCAGGCAGUGGCGGCCGACGAGGAGAGGAUGGUCGAGGUCAUGCGGAGAGAGCUGGGGGGCAAGAUAGCUGUCAGGGCCGCUAUUGUGGAGUUGACGGGGCAGGGGCCGAGGGAUAGCGACAGAGGGCAGAUUAGGUGAAAAGGGGGAAAAAGGCGCGAACCGCCCCGAACCGCCGACGGAUGGGAUGGAUGUUUGUCUCUGCAGGCCAUGUGUAGCGCUCCGCACGGUGCCCGAGUACGUCAAGUAUGUGAAUAGCGACCUGGUCCACUCAACGCCGCCAGCUACGCGCCGGAGCGAUGCCGCCCACUCACACGUCGCCCACACGGUAAGCGGCAAUCCGCUGUGGGUCGCCUUACCACAUCACGUUCACAUACAUCUGUCUGGUCGGUCCAUCCAUCCAUCCAUCCAGGUGUCAGUGGUGACCCCCUGGUCGACGUCCCUCCAGUCGCCGCCCACCAAGCCGCUGCUCGUCAACUCCUGCCUGCAGGGGAAGGGAUUCCUCCACCCCUCGUGUGUGGCCGUCAACUGCCGUCUCGAUGGCGAGUUCAGCCUCGGCGAGGGGGCAGUGUGCGUCGGUGUGCGGUCUGUCAAGGGCAUCAGCGUGGCAGGUGGGAGGGAGGGAGGGGUAUGGGUGCGUUGCGUUGCGUUGCGGUGUUCGUCUUGGAUGGCCGGUGUGGUUUUCGUCGCUGCCCUUCCACAAAUUCGCCGCCAUAUGCAUGUGCUUCCUUCGUGUUGGUCCCGUCUUGUCUUGCGUGACACACGAAUGACAUACAUAGGCGGGACUGAUGAUCCGGACGCUAUACACAUACACUUCAUCGUUUCUUUCUUUCUUUCUUUCUUUGUCGUCUCUCUCUCUCUCUCUGUGUCUGUGGUGACUGCAGCUAAUGUGGUGGUGCAAGAGAUUGAGAUGCGGACGGGUGCGGACGGUGGUAGCCCUCGCUCCCCUGUGGUCGUCUUCUACGGCAUCCAGGACGACUUGCGAGCGGCCUUCCGAGACCCGUCGGCCACCUUCAGGAACCGCCCGUGGAGCGACCUCUUCACGUCGACCGCCAUCACCCCAACAGACCUCUGGCCGCCCCCCCACGACGACACGCAACAGCAGCAAUGCACCCUGGCCAACGCCAAGCUCUUCCCCAUCCACGCGCCGUCCCUCUCCCCGCCCCUCUGGCUGAUGCAGAUGCACGGGCCACCAGCAGCGGGAGCGGGCAGGGCCCAGAUGAUGAGUGCUGAGCUGCUGUAUGCGGUGGACGAGUGGCGGCGGGCCAAGCGGGUCUCACUGGAGGAGGCCGUGAUGGCGAUGGACGUGUGUGCGGAGAUGCGCAAGGUGGAUGACGUUGGGUGGGAGGUUGAUAGGCACCGGAUGGAGGCCGUGCUGACCGGGCGGAUGGACGACGACCUCACCGAAGUCUACACGGCUUGUGCGGCGGACGGGCGAAAGGGGGUGAGACAAAUGAGGCAGGGCAGCCAUUCGACCAUGCCAUGUACUCCCUCUCUGUCUGUGUGGAUAUGUGUGUCAGGUGUUCGCCGCCCUCGACUCCAUCAUGACUGCAUCUGUGUCUGAGCUGGACGUCCUCUGCCGAGCCCUCAUACACACCUCUGAAGCACUAGCAGCCUUCGCCACACAAGAGGUACCUGCCUGCACCCACACACACCUUGCUCGCUCCACCCAGCCAAACCCAUCUGUGGGAAUGGGGGUGUCUUCAUUCACAGGGUGGAGUCCGCAGCGGCCCAGCCCACCAUCCUGAGUGGGCCGAGGCGAUGGCCGGUCUCAGAGACGUCAACCAGGUCGAUGCCGUGCGACGGAGCCUACGGGACAUGGCGGCCGUGAGGGACCGUUGGAUGCAUACAGUAUGCCAGCCAGCAGCCGAUGAAAGACCAGACCACCAGACCACACGAGACCAGACCAGACCACACGACAUGACGGACAUCGGCCAGACCAUGUGUGUGUCGGUCUGCAGGGUCGUCCGGACCUGUUGAUUCGAUCCGCCCGGCACUAUGAGAGCGCGGCCUUUCUCGUCAUCCAGCAGGCAGUGGCCACGUGCAACCGGUUCGUGCACUUCUCCCUCUCGCCCACAGCCCGCCUGCCACUCCAUGUGUGGGCGCAAGCAGUCGCACCGGCACGGCUCGACCUGGGCGGAGGAUGGAGGUACGAAACUCUCAGGAAGUCAAGCCAUCUGCUGCUCAUGUGAACUCUGUGCUGUGGUGGUUUUGUUUUGUUGUGUGUUUGUUGCAGUGACACGCCGCCCAUGAGCUACGAGUAUGGCGGCAAGGUGACGACAGUGGCCAUCAAAGUCGACGGCGAGAAGCCCAUCGGCGCCCGUGCGUGUCGCACUGAGCAGUUGGAGGUGGUCUUGGCGCCUCAGUCAGGCGGGCGAGAUACGGCGGACAAGGCCGUGUGCCUGUGUCGGAGCCUGGAGGACCUGUGCGACUACAACAAACCCGGCGCCCCGUGCGCACUGCUCAAGGUGGGUGGGGGGAUGGGAGAGAGAGAGAGAGAGAGUAAUCCUUUCAAUCAUCACACUCGUGAUUCAGGCCGCCCUUGUGUGCUGCCGCAUCAUCGACCCACACGACAGUAGCCGCUCUCUCCAGCAACAGCUCCAAGACACAGUGGGCGGCGGCCUCCGCAUCGAGUCGUGGGCCCACCUGCCCGUCGGCUCGGGCCUGGGCACGUCCAGCAUCCUAGCGGGUGUGGUGCUGGCUGCUGUCGGCGUAGCGUGCGGCCGGCCAUAUAGCGACACAAGCAGCGUGUGUCACGCUGUCCUGAUGGUGGAGCAGAUGAUGACCACUGGAGGCGGGUGGCAGGACCAGGUGAGUGGGACUGACUGACGGGAGUGGGGGAGGGGAGGGAGGGGCAUUGCAUCCCAUCUCUUCGCCCCAAUGUGUUUUGUGUGUGCAGGUUGGUGGGCUGAAUGGCGGCGCAAGGCUGGGUCAGUCGGGGAAAGGGCUGCCCCUGAGAGUGGAAGCGACGGCCAUCCCUCUCGAGCCAGCCGUGGUAGAUCGCCUCAACAGACACCUGCUGCUCAUUUACACGGGUGCUGCACCCACAGAGCCAUGCAGACAGACCAGACCCCAUUGCACCGCACCUGACCUUGCAGUGCAUCAUGAUGAUAUGUCUGUGCUGUGCAGGUCGAUCGCGGCUGGCCAAGUGCAUUCUGCAGCAGGUGGUGAGGCGGUGGUCCUUGAGAGGCCGACCCACACUCACAGGUGGGUGACGUGAGUGACAGCGAACCAUCCAUGGAGGGCAUGUGGCCAUGUGCGCGCCUCUCUCUCGUGCUGUCCAUGCAAUGCCGUCACAUACAUCAGACAUGGAGAGCAACCACCAGUACGCCACCACUGCCGCCGAGGCCCUGAGGAAAGGCGACCUGCAGGCCCUCGGUGGCGUCAUGUGCGCCUAUUGGGAGCUGAAGCGCCGCAUGGCCGUCGAUGCCGAGCCACCCAUCGUGACGCUCCUCAACGACACCAUGCGGCCUCACUCUCACGGCAUGACGCUCGCCGGUGCGGGGGGCGGGGGCUUCUGGGUCGGCGUCACCAAACAAGACAAGCAGACCACUCUUGAGGCGGUCAGCCAGCAGCUGGGCCUCUCAGGUGCGCAUGAGGGUGCGGCCGAUGGUGUGUCGUUGGCGAAGAGAGGCAGUGCUGAGGACAUGGGGGAGCAGCUGGUGCUGCCCGGGGGGGAGACGGUGUUCGUCAGAGAUGUGGAGGUGGACACCGAGGGCAUGGUGAUCACUGUCGAGGGGCGGAGGGACAAGGGGAGCGCGGCUGGCUGUGUAGCUUGACAUACAUAGAACAGACAUUGAUAGAUCUGCGAGGGAACUGUGCAAAGGCUGGUUAGUCUAGUCCAAUUCGCCGCUGUGUUUAGGACUUCGUGUAGUAGGUCAGAGCUCACAAUGAAUCUUUGUGGUCAACGC